AUAUGUGGCGUAGAAAGCAAACAAAAUUUUUUUUAAAACGGUUGUAAACUGAUUAACAAAAACGUUCACAAUUAGUUUUCAAUAAACUGCAAGUCCAUCUGGCAGCAAUUGUCGCUUUCGAAAUUGCCUAAGAGUUAAUAAUUAGAAGGAGUGAGAAUGCCUCAAACUAUAACAAAAUCGUGUUUAAGUGAACACGAUCAACAAGUUUUAAAUUCAGUUUUCAAUCCAUUGGAAUUAACUUCUAGUUUGGCACCAAGAGAUAUAAAUCCCGAUUCAUCGAUACCUUUAGUGGACAACGAUGAUGAGAAUUGUGAUGUUAAAAUUUUAGAAAAUUCAAAACUUUUGGAAUUGGAAGGUGUUAAACUCGCCGAAGCUAAAAAUUUAGACAAAGCUUUAAAGAUGUUUAACGAGGCCUUAAACCUAACACCUAAUCGAGCUUCAAUUUAUAAUAACCGGGCUCAAGCUUUGCGUUUGGCUGGAAGAGAUGAAGAAGCUUUACAAGAUCUCAAUAUAGCCAUUGAAUAUGCGGAUGUGCAAUUUAAAACUAAAUGUCAUGCUCUAUGCCAACGAGGCGUUUUAUAUCGAAAACAGGAUAAGUUAAGUGAUGCUAAAAUUGACUUUGAAGAAGCUGCUAAAAUGGGAAGUCAAUUUGCCAGGACCCAGCUGGUCGAGAUAAAUCCAUUUGCUGCUUUGUGCAAUCAGAUGUUAAGAGAAGCAUUCGAUAAACUUAAAUGAAAAAUUCAUUAAUUCACAAUUGCAAAUAUGCCAAUACGCUUCAAAUGUAUAUAUACGAAUAGUUAUAAAAAUCUUUUGUUGGUAAAUUCAAGGCGCAACAACAAAUUAAUUAAAAC